UAUAUACUCACUCGGAUCGAUGUCCGGGGGCGACGACGGUCUCAGGCCGCGGCCAGGACCUGCCCCAAAGCUGAUAGAGGGGCCAAAAAUCGGACAGCGCAGUCUGUACGAGCAGCAGGUGCUCGAUGAAGACACCUAUACCGAGGCACUGUCGCACAUCAUCACACGCGACUUCUUUCCCAACCUCCCACACCUGCACGCGACAAACGACUACCUCUCGGCCCUGGCAAACAAUGACCCAGAGCUGCUGAGCUCCUCGAUCCGGCGGCUGGCCCGCAUCGCGGAGGAGAAGGAGGGCCGGCGCAGCUCGACCCAAGGCAAGUCGGAUGCCGAGCUCGAGACGGAGCGCGCGCGCCGGCGCGAGCUCGAGAUGAUGGGAACGCCGUACCUCAACACACGGACGCCGAUCGGCGCGAGAGGGUGGGACACGCCACGCGGGGAAGCGACAGUCCGUCGGCGGCCAGCAGCGGACAACCUCGACCCGCUGGACGACGACGCGCCUGGCCCUUCUAAGCGCGCGGCGAAGCGCAAGAAGGCACCUGUUGUGCGUGACGACCUCGGGCUGGACGCAUUUCAGCGCAACUACACGUCCGAGGACAACGCUUCCUUCGUCCAGAUCGUCGAGGAGGAGAACAAGCAGCGGCGCGAGGAGCGGGGCUGGGCUUUCGAGGUCGAGCGCGUGGCUGAGAGCCGCAGGCUAGAAGGGGAGGAACGGCGUAAGCUUAUCCUCGAUGCUGCGAUCUCGGGCGGCUGGCGCGUCGACGCCAACGGUCGACGGCUGAUCGGCGGCCUUUCAGAAGGCGGCCGAGAUCGGGAGGAAGGAGAGGCGUGGAAGGAGAGGAAGUUGAUAACGGCUCCCGAGGUGGUUGCCGACGCUGGAGAUGAGGAGGUGAAAGAGGCGACUGGCCCAUCGACGGCGCUCGUCAAGUCUCAAGCUGGAGCUCUGGUCAAGACGCAGUCUGGCGCUCUGAUAAAGGCAUCCGACGCGACCUCCGUCUCUGCCCUCGCACCACCAAAGUUCCAAGAGGUGGAGCUACCGGCACAGCACCCACUAUCGACGGCCCUCGAGAAGGCAGGCUUGCCAACUACGGCGCUCGUGUCAACCGAGGACGGUGCCAUCGUGCCGCAUCGCGAGGCUACUGGCGGCACAGGAGACGGCCGUGGCCGCGGUGCAGAGGAGGCGAAGCGCCGCGAUGCGAUCGAGAAGGAGGUCAUGGGCGACGAGAAGGUUGAGCACUUGUCGCAUGCCGGCAGCGGCGUGGAGCAGUGGUCCUACAAGACCAUGAACCCCCUCAUGUUUCCUCCCGACGCAUACGACAAGCCGUACCCCAAGCCCAAGGCGCCGGGACCAUCCCUCACCACACGGGGGGCGCCGCCAUCCAUUUCGCACACCAACACUCGCAUGCCGGAGGACCAGGACGCCGAACCAAGCGGAAGCCGAGCAGGCAGCAGGCGAGGCAGCAGUCCCGCGCGAUCAUGGGUUGAUGCCGCAGUGCGGGGUACAGAAUACAUUCCACGAGACCAGCGCGAGCCGACAGAGGACUAUUCGCUCGUGCCCGACGAAGCUGAUCUCGAGCCAGAAGACCUCCCGCCUCUCAUGACCUGGGGCACGUUGCUCGCGACGCCACGAGCGCUCGACGGCUCAGACGACCCGCUGGACGGCCCAACCUUCCGGAUGCCCGAAACGAAGCGGCGCGAUGAGAUCGGGCGUAAGCUCGGUGCCAAGGCGUCGCGGAGCAUCUCUGAGCGCGCAAAGGCACAUCAGCCCCGUCCUGCACCCUCGACGCCGAGUCUGACGGACGCGCUGAAAGCGGCAGCCAACCGCACAAAGUAUGGCGACCGGAGCGUGCGUGGCUCGAGUGGCAUGCUUCCCCCUGGCGCUACGCCAAGGCGUGACGGCCUCACGCCAGCGGCGAAGAGCCUCCUCGACCGUAGUCUCGGGCGGACGCCGCAGCGUGGUGGUGGCUUGGGUCUUGGAUCUAGCGCGAGUGCCAGAUCCGCUGCGAUGGAUAAGGGCUCGGGGUGGGGGAAGAGCAGCAGCAGCAGUGUCGGCGCGCGGAGCUGGACGCUGAGCCCAGCGCCGAGGCGGGGCUGA